AUGAAUGGAAAGUCAUGGAAUGAGUUCAUCCCGCUGGGACUUCUGAACCACAUGAGGACACACACCUUUUUCUUCGGUGUCAUUGUGCUCGCCUUCCUUAUUGUUUUGUCUGGAAACUGCCUUUUCCUUUUUGCGAUCCAGAUGGGUUCUAAUUUUCACAUCCCCAUGUACUUUUUUCUCAGCCAGCUUUCGUUCAUGGACAUUUGUCAAAUAUCCAGCAUCAUUCCCAAAAUGUCGGUGGAUUUCUUAAUGAAAAAUGGCAGGAUUACACUGGCAGGGUGUGGGACUCAGAUUUUUUUCACAGUGACCAUGGGAGGAGCAGAGAGCCUCCUGCUGACCGUCAUGGCCUGGGACAGGUUUGUGGCCAUUUGCAAGCCUUUGCAAUAUCCGCUCCUCAUGAGCAGGAGGACCUGCCUGGUGCUGUCAGGAGGAGUGUGGCUCAGUGCUUCUUUCCAUGCGUCAAUGCACACCAUUUACAUGCUCCAACUACCCUUCUGUGAGUCAAACAGGAUCGAUCAGUUCUUCUGCACCAUCCUUGCUCUGCUGAACCUGUCCUGCUCUGACGUAUCCGCAUACCAAACGGGAAUGUUUUUUGGUGGCGUUGUAAUGCUCUUCAGUCCACUCUCCAUCAUCCUGGCCUCCUACAUGUCCAGCCUUUUUACCGUCCUGGGAAUGCAGUCUGUGGAAGGAAGGCACAAGGCAUGGGGAACGUGCCUGUCCCACCUCUGUGUGGUAGCGAUCUUCUAUGGGGCAGCCAGUUUUCAGUAUAUGAGACCCAGAUCUUACCGAACGCCGCAACAGGAUAAGAUGGUCUCCGUGUGCUGCAGCAUUGUGCUCCCCGUGCUGAACCCCCUCAUAUAUAGCCUGAGGAACUGA